GGUUACUCUUCAUGUUACCACAACUACCUCUUCGCUCUUUGCGAGCCGGUGCCUCUCAUCUUCGGAGUCAACGGUUUGCCUCCGGGGGUGCUCCUCAAUACAAUGAGCCUUCGGGUUGGCUUUUCGGUGAAAAACCUCCUCCACCUGGGCUAAAACGAGUGAAAGAAAGCUGGGAAAACAUAUGGUACAUUGGCAUGUUUGGCUCGAUGGCAUUUGCGGGAGUUGUGCUCUAUUACAAGCCAGACACUAGUAUCCAGACAUGGGCGUUACAAGAGGCGAAGAACCGAAUGGAAGCACGGGGAGAGAAGUACAAGUACGAGCCCGAAACCUCAUCUUAAUGCAUAUUUUGUGUCCGUAUACAGUACACACCGUGAUAUCAUUCAACUGUAAACUCCAUCUGACGAGCAUUGUCCUC